GACAUAUAUAUUACGUAUUUGCUGGCACAUGCUAUAGGUUAGAUGAUUGUGUAGACGUUACAUCCUGAAGUUAGAUUAUAUUUAUUUGUUAAUAAAAUAAGCAAGUUUUUUUAUUUUUUUUUUUUUUAACGAAAAUUAUGAUAUUGUUAAAAAAAAAUUCUCAAUCGAUUUAUUAUUCGAUGUAUAAAUAUGUCUUGUCUGUAAUAUUCAUUAUAAGCACUGCAUCACUUUUUAUAUAUUUAAAUAGAAUCCAAUCGCAUUAUUUUAUUGAUGAAAUGUUUCAUAUACCUCAAGUUUUGCAUUAUUGCGAUGGAAAUUUUACAGUGUGGGAUUCUAAAAUAACAACUUUACCUGGCUUAUAUUUGCUCACUGCUGCAAUAUUAUCCCCUUUAAAUCUUUGUAAUAUAUUGUAUAUAAGAUGUAUCAAUUUAUUCGGUACAUUUGCAAAUCUUUAUCUUACGUAUUCUUUAAUGAAACAAAUACAUAAAAAUAAGUGGGAAGAUUGGAUACAAUUAGAAGUAGCAUAUAAUAUUACAAUGUUUCCUCCAUUGUUUUUCUGGUUUUUUCUAUAUUAUACGGAUGUUGUAUCUGUUAACAUCGUUUUAUUGAUGUUAUUAUUACAUUUUCGAACAUAUUAUAAAAUUUCAGCUUUCGUUGGAUUAUUAAGCAUACUGAUCAGACAAACAAAUGUUAUUUGGGUUAUAUUUCUUGCUAUGGAACGUAUUGUGGAUUUAUUACAUCAACAUAUGCAAAAACCUAUAAAAUCUACGGCCAUUAAUACACCAAUUCAUUUAAAGUUAUUAUGGAAGAGUAUAAUGGACAAAGUAAAUAAUGGUAAAAUUUCAUUUAUUAAAUUCUUUAUUGAAAUAAGUAUUAAUCUUUUUCCCUACAUAAUGGUAGGUGUAAUAUUUUUAAUCUUUCUUAUUUGGAAUGGAGGUAUUGUAGUUGGAGAUCGUACUGCACAUGUACCUGUGAUUCAUAUAUCACAAUUAUUUUAUUUUUCUCUUUUCAUAUUUUCUUUCUUAUGGCCUUACAUGAUUCCUCAUUAUUUAAAAUUUUUUCAAAAUAUACAGGAUCAUUGGAUCUUAUCAAGUUUAAUUUUUGCACUUAUAACAAUUAUAGUCCAUUGCAAUACUCUUGUUCAUCCGUACAUAUUAGCAGAUAAUAGGCAUUAUACAUUUUAUAUAUGGAACAAAUUUAUGGGCAAAUAUGUUAUUUUCAAAUAUAUCUUAAUACCUGUAUAUUGUUUUACGAUUUAUAGUACACUGUAUGGUAUAAGUCAUAUAAGAUUUGCAACACAAAUCAAUUUUAUUUUUUGCACAGUUAUUGUUCUUAUACCACAAUUAUUAUUAGAACCACGAUAUUUUAUUAUACCAUAUAUUUUUUAUCGUUUAAGUAUGAGAAAACCCAAAACUUGGCAAAUUAUAAUGGAAUCAUUUACGAAUUCAGUUAUCAAUUUUUUACAAUUUUUCAUAUUCAUUAAUAAAGUAUUUUAUUGGGAAGAUCAAACUUAUCCCCAGAGAAUAUCUUGGUGAGAUAAUAAUUCCGAAAAUAUAUAGUUGAUUAAUUGUUAAUAAAGUCAUAAAUCUAUUUCGAUCAGAUUCAUUUAUAUAAAAGCACAUACAUCAUUAAUAUAUAAAAAAAUUCAUUGUAUAUAUAAAAAAAUUCAUCAGUUUAUAUCACAUAUUGAACCCGACGACAAAAUCGUAUCUAAGAUAUAAUUAGAUAUACAUUUCAUUUCUGAAUGAUUUCGUUUCAGUAUCUUAAAAUAGACUAGUACAGACUUCAGCAUAUACAUAUUCAAGCUUUUCUAUUUUCUUCCCAUUGUGCUAAUAUUAAGUUAAGACUUUUUAAUUGUGGCUAUUUUUUGUUAUCCUUAAUAACGUGCAAUAUAUUUACAAGGUACUAUAAAUCAAUUGAAAAUUAUUAAAAUAAAAUAAAGGUUGUUCUUUUUUUUCUUUUUUUCUUUUUUUUUUUUUUUUUUUAAACAAAAUACAAACUCGUUCUUAAUUCUUUUUAUUUAGUAUUUGUUCAUCAUAUACAGUCUCUGUAGUUCCAAUAUUAACAGUCACACGAAAUUAGAAUAAAUUGAUGAGUGAAUUUGAGAAUACUUCUUACAUAUAUGAAAACAAUUUUUUUUUCAUAGUAUUUGUGAUCAGUCCUCGCAUAUAAUAAUUUUAUAGUGUUUUUAUCACUAAUGUUUCACACGUACAUACGCGUAGCAUAAUCCAUAAUAUAUAUGAUUUAAAUUUGACGAUUUAUAUAAUAAAAAUCAUUUCGACGUUUAUCUAACUUUCGUUUUAUUUCGUCAUUAAUUUCUUUUUAUAAUUAUCGUCAGAAAAUGUAUCAUAUACAAUUUGGAAAGCAUAUGUACAUUUGAAUAUUGGAAUCUUAUAAGAAAAUGAUUCCAAAUUUAUAAACAGGAGUUAAAUUUCAUUAAUAUUAUUUAUCGAGAAAGAGUGAUACUUUUGUUUAUUGUUGAUAUUAUUAAUAUAAUAGA